AGUGAACGCUCAUUGCCGCUGGUUGUAGGUUCGAUAUUUGGCAGCUCCCACAGUAAAGCUUGCAAUUUCUACGCAGAAUGUCCAGCCAAGUGGUCAAAAACAAUAGCUUCGAUCGAUGCUUGCAACAGGUCAAAAUGAUCAGCAUCGGUGACGGCCGUUGCAGCGCCCAGUUUAAGGUGGCUGACGAACACCUCAACCGAUACGGAGUUCUUCACGGUGGUUUCACAGCGUCGCUGAUCGAAACCGUAACGUCGGAGGCCCUGCUAGCAAGACCAAACUGUCCCUUUGGUGUUUCGGUGGAAAUGCACGUGACGUUCAUGAAGGGUGCCCGACCGGGGGACGAGGUUUUGAUCGAUGCCAGCCCGGUCCGUUCGGGGAAAAAUUUCGCCUUCAUGGAGUGCGAGCUGCGCCACAAACGGGACAACUCGAUCAUUGCACGGGGCACGCACACGGUGUACUAUCCGGCGACGAAGAUGUAAGUUGGGGGCGUUUCUUUCCAGUGAUUUGUGUGGACUACGGUGGCGUCUUUGAAAAGAGAGUAAAAGUGUUUAAUUGAUUUAGUUUAUUGGUUUCAA